UUACAACUACAAGUGCAUUUAUUAUAAAAACAAAAAAAAAGCUUGUCAUGCAAUGUGUUACAGUUACUUAGAAAUUUCAAACCAUAUUCUACGGAACCAGUUCAACAAAUGGAGAGAAAAAUCAAAACUGUUCUUGUCGACUUGAGUGGAACAAUUCAUAUUGAAAAUGAAGAGAUACCAGGGUCUAUGAAUGCAUUGAAAAGGUUGAGGAAAUCAAAUUUAAACAUCAAGUUUGUAACAAACACAACAAAAGAAUCACAGAAGCUGCUUUUAGAGAGGUUGAAAAGAAUUGGCUUCAGUAUCGAAUCCUCAGAAAUCUUCACCUCCUUAACUGCUGCAGUUAAAUUGAUAAAGAAAAAAUCACUACGGCCUCUCCUGCUUGUAGACGAUAGAGCUUUAGAGGAAUUUGAAGGAAUUGAAACCAUGUCUCCAAAUGCAGUUGUGGUUGGACUAGCUCCAGAAACAUUUGAGUACAGAAACCUUAAUCAAGCAUUUUGGUUGUUGAUAAAUGGAGCUUCACUGAUAGCCAUACAUAAAGCCAGAUAUUAUAAAACAGCCUCAGGAUUGUGCCUAGGACCAGGGCCAUUUGUAACUGGAUUAGAAUAUGCAGCAGAUUGUAAAGCUGAGGUUGUUGGAAAACCAGAAAAAACUUUCUUCUUGUCUGCAGUAGAAGAGUUUAAUUGCCAGCCAGAGGAAUGCAUCAUGAUUGGAGAUGAUGUUAGAGACGAUAUUAAUGGUGCACAGAAAUGUGGAAUGCUGGGUAUCCUUGUGCAGACAGGUAAAUACAGACCUAAUGAUGAAGAAAAGAUUUAUCCAAAACCAUACCUGACUGUCAAAGACUUUCCAGAAGCUGUUGAUAAAAUUUUAUCCGAGAAAUAUUUACAAAUUUGAAGCAAAAGUUUGCAAGAAUUGCAUGAUUUAGGAUUUUCCACCAAAAAAAAAAAAAAAAUAUUACAAGACCUACAUUUAUGAGUCUUUGUUAAUCUUUGCCUAUGUGGCAUUUAAUACAAAUUUGACUGCUUUUGAAUGAAAAUGAUUUGAUGACAUUAUAUUUUAUUGUUGUGCAAGUCUUGCACACAUACAUUGAACAGCUUACCAGUUGGUUGUCAGUCAUAUAUGAUUGUGUGAACAUUGAUAUAUCUCUGUUAUUUAAAUAAAUUUUAAAAAAAUUC